AUGGCAUUCGGAAGGGGAGAGCGAUUGGGUGUGGAGCGCGAAGUGGAUUUGGAUGCUAUAAUUUUAAUGAAAGAUCAGGUGGUUGAGGGUCAUAGCAUUUCUGGUGAUAAUGUUGAUGUCCGGGACGGGUAUGUCUGCUUUCAUGGUGCAGCCUUCGGUACCAAGCGUUGGCUUGGCCAACAUAAAAGGAACGGACGUCCCGUGGAGCUCAAUGAGAAGAGGUUACGUAUGAUACCAAGACGAGGACAUUGUUCCGAGAAAGAUGCCACACGGUUGUUAGCGCAAACAAGCCAGUAUCUUCCGGAGUGCGCGAACAGAGUGGAAGUCUAUCAUCGGCUCGCUGCUCAGUUUCCUGGGCGGAGUGUCGAAGGCAUCAUGAAGCAGUUGAUGAAGAUGCGCUGGCCCAGACGAAGGCCUAAUUCGGAAGUUGGUGCGGAGUUGACGGAAAGUGAGUUGGUGCCCGAUAGGACGACCACUAUCCGCGAUCCCGAUCAAACCGAAGCGACCCUUGAGCCAAACGACUUGCGGUUCUCCUAUGAUGAACAGUUCCGUUCAUUCCUGGAGAAUCCUUGGUGCGAUUCUGAUCCGGCCGGGGUGUUCGGUGAGUUGGUUGAUUUAAUACCGCCGAACGGGGAGGAGGCUGCCUCUUCCAAGUUGGCUCUGGAAGCUACCAAGUCGCCGAUGUAG